AUGGAGCCGGAGCCCGAGCCGCUCCACCUGCUGGCCCGGCCCCGCCGCCCCGCGCAUCGGCCGCCCCCGCUCCGCCCUGCCCCGCCCCGCCCGGCACGGCACGGCUCGGAACGGCUCGGAACGGCGGAGACCGGCACGGCACGGCACUGCUCGGCCCCGCCGCCAGCUGAAAAGAAACUGAAAUCUGAAUGUUUUCUACAGCAUCUGCAUUUAGAUCAAGCGCACUGCUUGUGGUCGGUAAGAAAUACUGUGGCACUGGUAGAGAAUUUCCAGCUCCUGGAUGUUCAUAGAAAGAAUCACCUGAACAAUCUGCAGUUUUAUUGCUUUCUCCAUUAUGUGACUGACCUGAAUAAGGACCAGACCAUGCUGCUGUUUGACUUGAACCAUCUUGAAAAGAAGUUAAUCCACCAGCACGUGGGACCUGCCUUUCCACUGCUGGACAUAGAAGGGGAUAAUAUGACUGAGUUUAAUGAGUUUGAAGCCACAAGGUUUCUCUUCAAAAUCCAGAAAGAACUUAAAAUGAUAUUAAAGGACUUUCAUAUUUCUGGAGAUGAGCAAUUAAACUACAGGGAAUUCAAGAUAUUUGCAAGAUAUCAAGAUACAGUCUCCUAUGGUGGCAAACAACAAAAAGAGGAUCAUGAAUAG